CAGAGACUCUAGCACCAAACAUGGGUAAAAACAAGAAUGCCGUCACAGACCAGCCUGCUAAAGAAAUUCCAAUGAUGCCACGCCCCGCCCCCGUAGAAGGAUGUCCCCCGGGCCUUGAGUACAUGACCGCUGUGGACCAACUCAUGUGCAAGCAGGAGGUCAACUUUCUGGAAGUUCUGUUGGGGUUUGAGGCUGUCAACAAAUACAGAGUUUACAACACGCUAGAACAGCAAGUCUACACAUGUCAUGAAGAGUCGGAGCUAUGGAACAGGUACUGCUGGGGACCACAAAGAGGAUUUAUUUUCCACAUUUUAGACAACAAUAACGAGGAAGUGCUGGUCAUAGACCGCCCGUUCCUGUCAUGCAGAGGAUGUUUCUGUUGUGCUGACGGUUGCUGCCGGUACCCGAUCUACAUCCGGGACCGUGCCGGCACGGAUCUGGGGAUGAUCCGGAUGAUGCAGUCGUCAUGUAAACCCCACUUUGGCGUGUUUGACACCAACGAGACGAUGCUGUACGAGAUAUGGGGGCCUGUCUGUCCCUUCAACUGUGGCACGGAGAUCGUGUUUCCGAUCUGCAGUGUUAAAGAUGGUUCAGUCUGUGGGAAUGUCAGUAAAAUCUGGUCAGGAACUUUGAAAGAAUUUUCGACGGAUGCGGACACUUACAGCGUUACGUUUCCCAUGGAUCUGGAUGUCAAGCACAAGGCCUUGAUGUUUGCUUGCAUAUUCAUGAUUGAUUUUGCUGUGUUUGAAUCUAACAAGAACCAAUAGACAGGCGGGGUAAACAAAACACAUCGUGAAGAUAUUGUUGACAGUUCAUGUUGUUUUGUGAACUGAACUCAUGCCCUAGUGUUGUAAAUAAAAUAUUUUAAAAGUUGUAAGCCAUAAACCGUUUUAUAAGAAAAUAAUUAUAAACAUUAUAUUUUUUUUUACAAGAAAAGUAUUCUGAAGUAUAAACAUGUGAUUUUUUUACAGGCUAUUGUGUAGACCUACGUACGUGUGUGUGUGUGAGUGUGUGUGUGUGUGUGUUACUGGUCAACCUUGUAAACCAAACGUAAUUAAGUUUAAUAGAGCUAUUAGAAAAAAACUUAUGUAGAUAAGUUCAUCUUGGGUCAAAUCAAAUAUUAGAUUAGUAAUUAAAUAAUAAUUUAUAGUAAAAAUAAAAUAUCAAUAACAAAGGGGAGAUAACUAGUUGUGAUUUGGUGAGUUGGUGUUGACAGAUGUUGACUUUAACAAGUCUU